AUGGAGUGUGGGCGGCUGUGGGUGCCCUUCGCGCUGUGGCUGGGGCUGCGGCUGCUGGCGCUUCCCGCCCACGCGCUCCUGUCCGCCGCCGACGCGCGCUUCGUCGCCGACUUCUUCGCUGACAAGAACGUCCGCAUCGUGGCGCUGCACACCUGCUCCGACGUCGACUCCAGACGUCUGUCCAAGCAGUUGCUGAGUGCGUACAACGUAUGGGUGGUACAACUGAACAAGGACUACGGCCACAAUACGAGUAACCGGAUGAUACCUGUCGACUACUACAAGACAGGCCUCUUCGUGGACUACACUUGCCUAGAUGGCAAAUUAUUCCUCAACCAGAGCGAGCAAGUGGGCAGCGGGCUGUGGAGCCUGGUGUGGAGCCGGGAGGCGCCGCGCUCGCUCCCGGGACGGCUGCGGCUGCCGCUGAGCCCGGCGUCGCUGGUCGGUCGCCCUCGCUGA